AUUGGAAAAAAACACUAUUACUGGCGGUAAAGAUGCCAGCAGACUGAAUCAACUUUUCUUUACUUCAUAACUGAAGAGCAUGAAAGAAAUCACUGACGUAAGAACAAAACAACCUGAAAGCUUUUUGGUAUACUUAUGCUCAACUGAAACAUUUACGCAGACAUCGGUUGCUAAGCAGUUGAAUUUCCUUUGACAUUGAUGGAAAACAUAUUUCGAGGUUUAAAGGGAGUUAAAAGUACUAUUCAUCAUGGACUGACAUCAACUGGAGAACUGUUGGAAACCUGGGAACACUGGUGUUUUGUCCUAGUAUGGGAUUCCUGAGAAGCACGUAACCACAACAGUGCUGUGCAACGAAUUCAGGCCAAUCAGGUCUUGUAACGAAUGUGUAAACCAUUCAACCACUGCGUCGGAGUUCAACGUUGCAAAGGUUCCUACUUCUGUCAAUUUUCUAUAUAGUGCAACUAUCCAUCAAGGUCUUUAAUUGGCAUCCUCUUCACUUCUAAAUAUUUCGAGAUGGAUUUCCAGAAGUUCUAAUGAGAAGCUGUGACAUGCGGGGUCAGCCAGUCAUAUAGGAUGGAACUCUGGCUGACUAAAUUAAAUAUGAGAGCCUGUCAGUAACGGCAUUCGCAAUCCGGUCCGUAGAGUUCCUUAUCAGGAAUCAGGAGGCUGUUGCUUCAGAUCAUAUCACUACCUGGAUUUCUGUUUAGUGUCAACUGAUCUACAUAUCUUUUAUGAUUUGGUAUUUGUUUCUCCGUCCCGUAAAUCCAACGUCAUUGAAUAUGACUACACAAACGCCUACAGCUUUAUCCAGUAUUUAUAACCAAUGGAAUUUCAGAUAGUUCAUAAAUGAACAAUCAGCCAAUCAGAAGCCAACGUCAAGGUAAGUUGCUUACAAGUGGAUGUAACCUUCCUCUGAUCAUAAGUGAAAUCACUUUUCAUUUUCAUUCUAUCACCGUGACAAUUAUGAUCUUAUCAUCAAUGUGCUGGAGUCUAAAUAAUUAGAGAUAUAUUUAACAAUAAGAAUUGUGGAUUUAUUUACAGUAAAAACCUGUUCCACUUUUCAUAUGUUCAAUAAUUAUUUAUUAUGCAUUGUGAUAUUCUAUAACCUAUUUUUGUUCAAAUGUACCGAAGUGAGAAGAUACACUGAACAUAUACAACAUUUAGACUAUUCGCCAACAUCUCUCAGGAAAUAUGUACAAAUCUAUUCACAGUACGGAAAUGUUAUGACGUCUUUCGAUCAAUUUGAUUUUAACCAUAAUAACUUUCAACCAAGAAGUGUAUACUUCACAAAAUAUGAUCUUUCAAAUAUUCUACACCUGUUACUUACAUCUAGAACAAUCUAUUUUUCAAUUGAAUUCAUAAUGAGUACACUUACUAAUGAUAGAAAUGGUCAUACUACAUUGAUCUGCAUUACUGAAGCAUCCUCAAAACUAAUAUUCUUUAAGAUAGUCAUUCAAAACCGAAAAUCUCAUCAAACAAUUCAAAUAACUUUAUCCAAUCUAUCAAAAUCAACUACACAAAGGUAUAAAAGUCAAUUGAUUCAACUACAGCCUAAUUUAUGGUAUAAAUUAUCAUUAAAUAUACAUUUAAAUAAAAUCCGUCUUCACUUGAAUUGUCAGCCAAUACUUACUGAUACUUGCAAUAAGCGAUCAAUCAUUUUUAAUCAAAGGAAACAAUUGACAAUAACUCAACUGCAUUUCACUGAUAAAAAUUGGCUGAUGGAGGGAUUUAUUGGAUUUCUAGGUCAAUCAGAUGAAGAUAACAAAAAUUGGAAAGGUUCUAUUCGAAAUUUCAUGUUAACAUCAAAUCAACAAGUUAUAAGACGUGAAUUAUCCCACUGUUCAUCAAAAACACAGAAUAAAGAUUCAUUUACACAAAUUAUGUUGGAUACAGAAUCAAAUCAACCGCAAAUUCGUAGCCAAUCUAUGGAUAGUAUUCAAAACAAUUACAUAUUUCCUUCAAAGUCAUAUUUAUCAUUAAAUACAAUGGAUUUGCCAACAACCAUCACUGAAUUACAGAGUAUGCUGUAUACACAAAAACAAGCCAUUGAAAAUUUGUUACAACAAAUGGCUGAAUUAAAAAUGCAGAUUUUAUCUCGUGAACAGUGUCUUUGUAUACCAAACUGUGGAAAAUCUCUUCAUGGUAUACCCUAUCAAAUUGGUAAUACAUGGAAGCCUGAUAUAUGCAGUCAAUGUGAAUGCACUUUGGCAGGUGCAUUAUGUACACCGAUUAAAUGUCCAUUGCUGAAUUGUACAAAUCCAAUUAGAAGACAAGAUGAAUGCUGUUCACAAUGUCCAGCUAACUGUCAGUUCAUGGGUCAAGUAUAUAUUCAUGGAGACAGUAUAAUGCGAGGCUGUGUACAGUGUAUAUGCAUGAAUGGAACAAUGAAAUGUCGUGAAGUCAAUCAAACAAUGUAUUGCCCUGCAUUAAAGUGUAGUCCAAGUGAACAAUUUCAACCAGUCAAUGAAUGCUGUAAAAUAUGUCGUAAGAUAGAUAUCUGUGCACACAAACGUAACAGAUGUCAUUCACUGGCGAAAUGCAUUGCAGAUGGCAUGAAUUAUCAUUGUGAAUGCCCAACUGGUUAUACAGGAUCUGGUGAUCUAAUUAAUGGAUGUAAACCUAAAUGUGAGAAUAAUUGUUCCAUGAAUGGAGUUUGUAUUGGCCCUGGAAAGUGUAAAUGUCAUUCAGGGUAUGGUGGCAGGAUAUGUGAUUAUGAUUUAAAUGAAUGUCAUAUAAAUCUGGAUAUAUGUUCAAAGAAUUCAAUUUGUCUCAAUUUACCUGGUUCAUAUGCUUGUGUUUGUCAAGAUGGCUUUGAACGAAUUACUUCAUACCGAAUGAACAGUUUGAGUACACUAAAUUUUGAAGAUGCUACUGGUUUAUUGUGUGAAAACGUUUCCCUGUGUCAUGAUUACGACGGAAUGUUUCUCAGUUGUCCAGACAACAAAGUAUGUGAAGAGAACAAUGGAAAAUAUGUCUGUAAACAGCUAAGUUUGAAUAAUGACCCAAGUGAAACAAUAAUCCAGCAUAAAACAGACACCAAUUCAUUUUUAAACUGUACAAUCAGAUUUCGUCAGCUGCACGAAAAAUUAAUGGAUAAAGUUGAAGAAUUUGCCAGUGGGGAUAUUAAAGAACUGAUUUACUCUGUAGGUGAUCAUGAGACUAGAAAACUGUGUUACUGUGAAUCUGGUCAACUCGAAUGUCUACAUCAACCAGACUAUUUAGCACUACUGUUGCUCCAGUCAACACUGACAAGUGCUACCACUCAAAUCCUACAGUCAAAUCAUUACCAGUAUCAAUUAUGUAGAAUAUGCUCAAAAUUGUAUCAAAGUAUUCAGAGGAAAGAAUCAUCACACUUGUCGAAAUGGUACACAGAUUAUUGUCUUCUAUGCAGUCAUCUAGAAAAUUUGACCGAUAUAACAAACUUUGUAUACUGGUGGACUAUGGAAGAAAAGACUUCGAUGGUGAAUCAUUCACGGUGUAAAAUGUGUAUACAGUUAAAUAAUAAAACACAUUGUCAACAAUUAUUAUGUUCCAGUUUUUCAUUAUACACCUCAAUGAAAUGGUAUCAAAUUUGUUGUUCAAAUAUUCUGUCAUCUAGACAAUUUCAAAUUAGUCAAAGUGAACAAUUAACAAAUCUUCAAAAUCUUGUAAAUAAAUGUACUAAUGAAACUAUUGUCUCUUCAAUGAAGAUAUCCACAUUUCAGUGUAUCGACUGUUCAUGUAAGAAUGAUCGCAUUUAUUGUACAUGGAAUGGUAAUAAAGCAUUUCAACAAAUUAAUCGAACUGUUCAAUGUAAUCAUUCACCAUCCACUCUUCAAAAUCCGUUAUUAAUUCCAUUGAAAUAUAAUUGGACAAUGAGAAAUACAGACAAGGAUUGAUAACAGAAGCUGGUUAUCUGUUUAUUUGUGUAUUUUUCUGUCCAUUUCUGCCUUCCUACCUGUCUGUUUGUCUACCUGCUUACGUGUCUGUCUGUCUGCCUAUCUAUCCGUCUGUCUGUCUGCCUGUCUGCCUGCCUGCCUGCCUGCCUGUCUGUCUGUCUGUCUGUCUGUCUGUCUGUCUGUCUGUCUGUCUGUCUGUCUGUCUGUCUGUCUGUCUGUCUGUCUGUCUGUCUGUCUGUCUGUCUGUCUGUCUGUCUGUCUGUCUGUCUGUCUCUGAGUCUAUCUUCAUAAUGCAUAAUAUUUUAUUUUUUGUGAACAUGUUUAUCUAUCAGCACAAAAGAUAUCACCAUAGGGUCUACACUAAAUCACCAUAAUUUUCGUCGUUUCUUCAGAAAUUCACUUGGUAAUUAUUAUUUGUCUGUUUUGUGUCUGUACAUACAUGAUUUUGAAUAAGAAAAUACUCGGUUGUU